AUGGGGCACGUUCUCCUGGGGUACACAAAAGAGAGGGGGAGAAAAAAUGAACUGCACGACAAACAAAGCGUGAACAAGAAAUUUGUGUCGAAAAUUGGAGGGAGGCCAUUUUGGUUAGAUCGAGUGAACCUACACUCAGAAAGGGAGUUCCACUGCUUCCUGUGUAGUAAUCUCAUGUCUUUUCUUUUGCAAAUUUAUGCACCCAUAGAUAAAUUCGGUCACUGUUUUCACAGAUGCCUGUACCUUUUUAUUUGUCUGUCUUGUGGAAACCAAGUGAAGUGCUUCCGAACGCAGCUGCCAAGGAGCAACCCCUUCUAUGAGUACAACCUUGUUGGUGGGGAGGGUUCGGAGGGGAGUAGCCACUCAAGCGGGGGGGAUGACAAAAACUACAAUGACGAACCACACAGUGAUGAACCACACAGUGAUGAAAACUACGAUGAUGAAGACGAUGAUGAUGAUGACCAUGACGAGAAGAGCAAAUCUGACGUGGCGCAGAUAAACAGAGACACGGAUUAUCUGACCCUGUUAACACAAAAAGAUAAGAACAAAUUUGACGAAAAAAUGGAAUACCUCUUUUGCUGCAUUAUAUGUGGCAUACCUUGUGCGGACAAAAGGGGAAAGCAUAAAGAAUGCUUGGAGAGGAGACACGUAAUAUUUAGGGAGAAAAAGAUUUACAUAGAUGAUGAGGAGGAUUGCGUCAGUAGCAGCAGUGGGUCGUGGAGUUCUUCCGGGGGGGAGGAGCAGGGAAAGCAUGAAGAGCAUGAGGAUCAGUUGGAUGGCGAGUCAGAUAAGCAGUCGGACGACCAGACGGAUGGGCAGCCAGAUAGAGAGCAGGAUGACCAGCCGAAUGACCCCUUGGACGACAGCGAAAUGAACGCGUUCGAGCAGAUACAGAGGGACGUGCUGGCAAAGCGCAACAUCGAUCGUGUGUUCCUCUCCUACUGCAGCAAAUUAAGCAGGUUCCCCAAUCAGCUCAUUCGUUAUUCAUACAAUGGGGAAGUGCUGCUCUCAUCCAGCGAAACAACCAAUUGCAACCAAAAUAAUGUGUAUGACGAUAAUCUACGCGCCACCUUCUCCAGUGGGAAAAGUCCAAAGAAGGUGUUGUUGUCCCCUGAUGGGUCUUACCACAACGGGAUUGCUCCACCACAGUGUCACGUCUGCAAGAGAAAAAGAGUCUUUGAGUUCCAAGUCCUCUCCACCAUUAUAAAUUUUUUAGACGUAAAAAAAAAACUGAUCACAACGGAGGACCCACUUUCCAAUUUGAAGUUCACAUACAUUUCUGUCUACACCUGUGAGCGCAACUGCGAUACCUUCGACAUUGACAGAGUGCAGGACCGGCAGAGGAUGGUGGAGACUAGCAGGUACAUCCAGGAGUACGCCUCCGUGCAGGCGGAGUAG